AUGUCUGGACGUGGCAAGGGCGGCAAGGGGCUCGGCAAGGGUGGCGCGAAGCGUCAUCGUAAGGUGUUGCGUGACAACAUCCAAGGCAUCACCAAGCCUGCCAUCCGUCGCCUCGCUCGCCGUGGUGGUGUCAAGCGUAUCUCCGGCCUGAUCUACGAGGAGACACUCGGUGUGCUCAAGGUGUUCCUCGAGAACGUGAUCCGGGACGCCGUCACCGCGAGCGCUCGUGCAAGUGCCUGGCUGGCCGGCUGCUUCGGGCUCCCGUUUUUCGGCGAAAGGUCAGUAAUUUUUGAUUCCCGGCUUCCAAUUUCUAUCAGGGGUUAUUUUUGA